AUGGUCAGGCCUCGCCAUGGAGUUUCCGCCUUCGUGAUCGCGAAACCCUCCCAGCCAGGUAAGUUUAUGAGCCGUCCAGCGACGGCGACCCCAUGCCGACGCGCCUCCGACUCAGAGCGGUUUACGCGCGAGCGUGUCCAUUAACACGGUAACGUGUCAUUUCUCCACGUUAGAUGUGGAAUUUUGAUAUUCGACCAUGAAAAUCAAGUGUAAAGACGAAAAGAGUUUUAAAUGUUGAUUUUCUCGCUUUAGGAUUCUAACUUUGCAAAAACAUUUCUUUAGGAAAAAAGUUAGCAUUUAACUGGGAUCAAUUUAGGUUUAGAGCUUUUUUAUUCUAAAGUUCGAGUUCCACAAAGGUUUCACGAAGAAAAUGUUAACAAAAGGGAAUCGGGAGGUCGAUGCAAGUAGGUACCGUGUAGCUCCUCUCAUGGUAUCGGAAAAAAUACGCUCGUUAGAGAUCAUGCCCUGUAGAAUCGCGAUACCUCUCCGUCAGGUACCCCAGAGAUGGUACCCGGCCGCAUACGAACGACCAUCGAUUGACUUUAGGCUGCUACUCAGUACCUACUGGCAGAACUGCUGA